AUGCUCAGCCUGAUCGCCACGCUACAGGCCCAGGACCCCCUGUCCUUUGCCUGGGAAGAGCAGAAUGUGAGAAAGAAGGAUCAGUGCCAUGAGAAGAGAACUGUGAUGGAGAGGGUGGGGGAGCCUGGCAAAUACAGCACCGCAUGCAAUGACCUGACAUCAGACACCAGACCCUGGGCUCUGGCCAGGCCAGGGGACCUGGGGGCAGGGUACUUUGUACAGCUAGGGCAGCCUGGAAUCUGGAACCUUCUAGGCUGUUUCUUAAGUGCUCAAAUGUUUUCUCUAGGAAUGAGGACACUAAAGACCUGUUUCCUCUUUGUCUACAGACGGGGCCGGAAGCACAUCUACUUCCAGGAGCUGCCAGUGAAAGACCACUACAUCUCUUUCUGUGAAGUCUGGCGCUACGGGGAAAAUUUCUGCAUGGGAAAGCUGUUGGGCAGAAGCCCGGAUGUGAACACAGAAGCCCUGGAAGAAUUUAGGAAAUUCGCUCAGCGGAAAGGGUUCCAGCAGGAGAACAUCUUCUUCCCGGCCCAGACGGACCUGCCACUGGCCCUGGCCCUGGCCCUGGCCCUGAAGCUGCAAGAGGAGAAUGGUGCACCAACACGACUGCAUUUCCUUGUGCCUUUCCAGUGA